AUGAACAGAAGAUACCCAGAGCUUCCCAGCAUGAAGAUGAUUGAAUUUGAAUCUUUGGGAUUUAAAGGUAGAGUUACGAGAAGUAAUCCUGAGAAUGUGCUGGAAGAAAGAGAUCCCAAGUAUGAUGCAAUGCUUAGUCAAAUAGUGGGUAGGAUUUCAGCUAAGCCUGGUGGCAAACUUGAGAUGGGUGAGGCAUUUGUGGCCGAAAAUCCUAGCAGACCCUUGCCAAAAUUGCGGAAUACAACGCCCGAGUCCACAAGGUAUGAAGAAAGGACUGCACCUCCAGGAACCUUGAAUGUGAAACAGCUACACCACAUCAUGCUUUUACAUCAGGGCAAGGCCGAAGAUCAUGAUGGUCCCAUGGAUGUUAACCGGAUUGCAGAUAAGUUCAGAUUGGAUGUCUCAAAGGUCCAAACAAUCUUGCAAUUCAUAUCCCUUCCUCCAGAGGACAUGAAACCCAAAAACCGCUAAAUGAAGAACACUGACUUCCAUUUUCCUCUUAUUCACAAGUUGGAUUUUGUGUUUGAAUAGGGGUGCUGGUUUCAUUUCAGAAUAAAUUUUGAAGUUUAUCAAUUGACAUUAGUUUAUAUUCCUCAGCAUGUAAAGGAACAGUUUAGAAUGUUUUUGAUGUUCAUUCUGAUAGACACUGUAUUAUGUAUGAAUUUAUGAAA